AAUAAGCUAUUUAUCCCUUUCUUGUCCGAAUCUCUUUGUAAAAGUGAAUAUCAAAAGCUUACCUCACUCCCCUGAAACUCCAUUUUCAAUUUCCUGUCAUCAAAGGAAGUGCAAAGAGUCCUUUCUCACGAGCUUUUUAAAUAGCUAAAAAUCAAUUCCCAAAGAAGAAAAACCCUAAACAAUUCACAGUCAUUUUCUCUCUGGAUUCUUUCCCUGUUUCCUUCCAUGGAAGCUCUGAAUUUUCUGAGGUUUUGGAAACAUGGUCACGGGGUUUAUAGAGUGAACCAAGCCCAACAUUGUAAUGGAAACGCCGCCGCCGCCGCCAACGCCAAGUUUUCCGGUCAUGAGUUCGAAGAAGGUGACGACGCUUUCAUCGACUUGGAGUUUCCUUUGCGUGAGGCUGAAGAAGAUAAAGGGAAUGCUAGGAAUGCUGAAGCUUGUUCUUUGUCUCCCAAUGAUCAUUUCUCGAAAAGAAAGAUUAUGCCGAUCGAGCCAGGCCCCAAGCCUCAAACGCCCAUCGCUCUGUUGAAAUCGGCCCAGAAAUUUCGAGUCUUUCACCACAAGAAGACGAAAGCAGAGGCCCCGAAGCACGAACAGCACGGCGGCGGUAACCGUUUCACCAGAGAAAACAGUUCACGGAGAACGAACGGCGAAAUCGACGAUUCCUCGAAGAGAUUAUCCAAGGACCUGGUGCACAAAUACCUGAACGUAAUGAAGCCGUUGUACAAAAAAAUCUCCAAGGUAGGAAUCUCCGGCGACUCGUCACUGUUAUCUACGGCGGCUUCUCCGGCGACAGAGUAUUCCACAAAGGAGAAACAGGGGAAUUCUAGAGGUAUUUAUAAGCACAUGGGAAAGAGCAAAUCGUCGUCAGCCGCAGCAUCGCCGAUUAACAGGAGAGAUGAUUCCUUGCUUCUACAACAUGACGGGAUCCAAAGCGCCAUUUUGCAUUGCAAGAGAUCAUUCAAUUCAUCUAGAGAAUCUUCAUGGUUGUCGAGAUGCACAAGCGAUUCUUCUUCACAGGAGAAAUUAAGCAAUGCUUCUUCAACAGAUUCUUCCAUGUUUUCACGAGCUACAAGCAUUUCCGCCAGAACAUCCAGCGAAGAACAUAGACUGAUCUUUUCAAUAUCAUAA